AUGACUACGCGCCCUUGUAAAAAGUCCCUUUCCAGGUUUCUUUGUGGGGCCCCUUUGAGGAAGGCUGCUGUAAGGUCUCCCCGGAGCCUUAUCUUAUACUCUCUUGUCUUGAAGCAAAAAUACCUGUCUUCCACCACUCAUUUUCUAGAGGGAGAGUGCAAAACAACACCUGAGGGUGUGCUUGAGAGUAACAGCCAUGGAGUCGAAACUGGUGCUAACAGAACUACAUAUGUUGGCAGCAAGGUAGUUUUAAUUUUCUUUAUCUUUCACCUCAUUAAAUGCAGAUGUACUGGAAGUACUGGAAGGCUAGAACAUCCUCCUGGGCCAGUUUUUGAAGGCGAGUUCAAAGACAACAUGUUUUGUGGGGCUAGAACCUUCAUGUUUCCAAAUGAAGCAAAGUACCUUCAAUGUAAACAAGUGUGUUUGAAGUGGAAGAGUUGUGUAUUUUAUAUUAGUUUUGAUUUUAUAAGCUGUAAAGUCCAAAUAAAACUCACCCAGCAUGGCAGUAGAUUUUUUUUGCUACCAGCAAAGAUAUUGGAUAUCAGAGAUUGCUGAUCCCAGUUAUAUCCUUUUCAUGAGAUUAGUCAAAGGUCUGUUAUUAACUCCCAGUCAGUAGUUUUCAAGAUGAUUAUUCCAUCCACACACUUUUUGUGACCAGGUCUCUGAGUCAGGCAGAGUUCAGAGAAACAGAACUGUUCAGCCCCCUUUCAUAAUUGUAGUUUCAAUCUACCUGCCUACAGAUUCAUGUAGAUAUACAAUGCUGAUUUGUGCUGAUAGUUUGAAAAGUUUGUGUUUACUUAUUUUUUGAGGGAAAGUAGAAAUUUCAGAGAGAUUGGAAAAUGUGGCUGUUCAUUUUCAUCACUCGGAAUAAUACAUUUUAGUGCCACUCAUAUAAGCAUCAGCUGAAUUAAUUUAUUUUGAACAAGGGUGUGUGUUUUGAGUUGCUAAGAUACCAUCUUCUUCUGAAACAAGAAGUCAAUACCCACUUCAUAAUCCACAAAGCAGAUUUAAUGACAAAAUUAACAAUUAAAAAGAACAUUUGCAUUUAUUCUCUUUAAAUGACUUCUCUGUGAAAUUUACUUUGUUUGAUUUAAGUUUAAUUUUUCUUCAAGUACCUCCCUAGCCCAUUAUCUGAAAUAAAUCUAAAAUGGUGUUUGUUAAUAGGUGUUGGGAAAUGGUUAAGUGAAAAAGGACAUGAUUCAAUAGAAAAGCUUUGUGAGACACGUAUUGUAUAAAUGGAAACCUUGUUAAACUCUGAGUGUGGAUGUGGACUAAAAGAACAAGAAGGCAUGCAAGGAGGAAUCUCUAAGAAGAAACUUCUGAAGGACAAGCGAAUCUUUCCCAAGGGAAGAGGAUGGAGCACCGAGCCCAACUGCAACUGUAUUGUAACUGCAAGAAGAUAAACAGAGCUCGAAGUAGCAACAUAGCAACAAUGAAUUAACAAGGGACAAUGAAUUAAUAAAGAACAAAUAGUUUUAGUAACUAAUCACGUAUAACAAAGCACAAAGCACAAAGCAUCUUUUGAAUGUUAGGGUAUAUAAUCCGGGCUGAUUUUGAAUAGAGUCGAAGCUUGCUUUAUCACUCAUAUUGAGUCGUCCGCUUGCUUCCCUCGCCCGUUGCAAAUAGGUAGUCUUUCAUCAGAAAAAGAACCUGUCUUGCCCUGCUGACCGAAAAGAAUAGCCACAAUAGUACUAGAAUGGUGACAAAAUCUGUUUUCAAAUGAAAUGUGUGUUACAGAAUGAAUGAACCUGGAUACUAAUCCUGUGAAAAGCCAAACUCAAUAAUCAAUGCCAAUUUGAUUAUUAAGCAGGUAUCCUUUAUUAUGCAUCACCAGGCACACAGGGGAUUGAUCCACCUGAUGUGUGUGCAAUUAUUGAGGCUGGGUACAUGAUUUUUAUACUGGUUAAAUAUACAUAUUCAUAUAGAUUCUGGGAAACACGUUACGUAGUCUUUAUUUUUCCUGGAAUAGAUGUGUCUAUUAUAAUCAGUUCUUGGAAUUCAUUUACAUAAGUUUCCUCCCCUUGGUGCAUGAGCGCUGCCCUCUGGGGUUCUCCUUCAGGGUUCUGGAUGAACGCUGUAGGUUUCCCUCACAGCUGAACUUUUCAACUCUCCUUUUUCACAUGCUCUUAGACUCCUUGAGCUCCUCUUCAAAGUUGCAUCUGGUCCCAGCUGGUUCUUCUUUCUCUUAUCAUUGCACUAGUCCCUGUUAUAUGGCCUAAUUAGAUACAGUCACAUUCUUUCACAUUCUUUCUAACUGCAACCUUGCUAAAAGUCCUUUCUUCAAAGCAAAAUGAGAACCUGUAUGACAAACUCAGAUGUUUGGGACAAAAAGUAAAUAUAUUUAUUUAAAUGCUUUAGAGUAGAUCGAGUUGUUAUGCCACUAUUACAUGUUAAAAUCUGCUAGAGAGCUGCUGUUUUUUUGCUGUAAUAUUAAAUGACAGACACGAAUUCUGCUUGAAGUCUAAACUAGUGAGUGCUCAUCGCUUCAGCAAGGGCAUUCAACAGUAGAUCACAUAGGUAGCUUUCCAGGCAUUUUCUCUCAAAAAUCUUAGGGCGAUGCAUCUACUCUUCUGUGAAAAUAUAACUCAUCACAAAGGGGCCAGGACAGUGCUUGUCACUAGUAGCUGCAGAGAAAGCACAAUGGUUCAGAUUUGAAUCUGCAAUUUCAACUAAGUGAAAUGCUGAUGUAGAUACAACCCUGGCAGCAGAAAUUGGCAGUCACUGCCAUUUUCAUCAGGGAAUUAAAACUUCUUUUUGAUACUGUUUUUUGACUGUUAAUAUGCACCACUCCCUGACAGCUCAACACCGGCUAUUUUGCCAAGUUUCAGGAUUGCUAGUUUCCACCUACGCACACGAGAUAGGUGUCAGUUCACCAGAUGACUGUGGCUUUCAUGAGAGAACAUAAAUAGGCAGCCCCACAGUGACUUGCUGUGCUGCUAGGUGGUUUCAUUUUUUAAGAAAAGUAGGUCUCUAGUUAUUUUAGAUUUUAAAAGUUAUUUUACCUUUAUUUGCAAGGGAUGCUGAUACAUAGACAUUUCUUCUUUAUAGCAGUUUUCAGGUCUAAUUAUGAUCAGAGGGCUGGAGCAUCUCCCAUAUGAGGACAGGUUGAGAGAGUUGGGGUUGUUCAGCCUGGAGAAGAAAAGGAUCCGAGGAGAUCUUAUAGUGACCUUCCAGUACCUGAAAAGGGCUACAAGAAAGCUGGGGAGGGGCUGUUUACAAAGGCCUGUAGUGACAGGAUGAGGGGGAAUGGGUAUAAACUGGAGAAAGGCAGAUUUAGGCUAGACAUAAGGAAGAAUUUCUUCACCAUGAGAGUGGUGAGGCACUGGAACAGGUUGCCCAGGGGAGUUGUGGCUGCCCCAUCCCUGGAAGUGUUUAAGGCCAGGCUGGGUGGGGCCUUGAGCAGGCUGAUCUAGUGGAAGGUGUCCCUGCCCAUGGCAGGGACUUGGAACCAGAUGAUCUUUAAGGUCCCUUCCAACCCAAACUAUUCUAUGAUUCUGUGAAGUCAGGAUAAACUUCAUAGGACCUAAUCCCUGGUAAAUUAUGAUAAUGACUGGGACUAUGAUGUAGAGGAAUGUAGAGGCUGCGUGCUGGGAAGGCAUUAGUAUAUAAACACAGUUUUUGCAAAGAACAGAAUAUGUUCCUUGGCUGUUGAGCCUGUGUGCUUUGUAGGUCAAAACUUUUACAGGCUACAAAGUGGGAGAAAGUUAAGGCAGGUACUUAACUACACUGGGGAGGUUGUGGUUCCUGGUAGUUUGCUUAUCUGAGUUGUGCACACAUCACUGUGCUGACACAAACUUGAUUGCAUUCUCCACAGGCUGGAUUUAUGUCAUUACAGUAUGAAAGGUGGAGGAAACUUGACAGAUGAAAAUGCAGUGGAGUAGCACACUUCAUGGGUUGACAACAGUGAGACUGAAGCAGAAGCUGAAAAUGUAGCCAUGGACAGCAGCAUGAGUUAAAGGCAGCUGCCUCAGUGCAUUCUGGGCUCUACAGCUGUGACCAAUUUUCAGCAGUCAUUGAUUUCUUCAUGUAUUUAUUAAAAAUAACCCCCAAGGAUGCACAUCAAUAGUAAAUAAAAAUAAGUUGUUUUUCUUUUCAGACUGAUAGCUGAAGUCCCCUAAGUGAUAGCUUUCAAGAAAUAAAUGGGUAAAUUUAUAAGUGGAGCAGUUGAGGACUAGAAUUCUUUUUUUUAACUUGCCCUAGGAAUGUCUUUCUCUCUGAGUUUCACAAAACCCUGUCAGCAACAAAUGAGACCUAAUUUAUAAUCAACUUUUGUAACUUUCUCCAGAAAAGAAACCUCCCCAUUCACGGAAACUUUUGCAAACACAGUGCUCUUAUGAUCCUUUUUACCAUAAGGUUGCACGUUUGUCACUGCUCACAGGCCAAGCCUCAGACCCAAGGCUCCUGUAGCAGGGUGCUCAAGGACAGACCUCUGCCGUGCACUGAAGCUGCUUUGCUGUGGAAAGGGAAGUAGAUGAGAGAGUGCACAGGGGAUACCGAGAGCUGCCACUGUCAUGUCAGAAAGUCUAAUGCAAUGAAAAAUCUGCUUCUAUUUCUGUUUAUGUUUGGUCGUCAAAAGUCUCUGCACUAUGAAUCUAAAUACUUUGCUUUGCAAAGCAGAAAAACUGCUUUCUAGUUUAAAACCAAACCAAAAAAAACUACCAACAAAAAAGACAUACCAGUGCUGUCAGGAAAACAUGCGUGUUGUCUUUGCUUGCCAGGUAUUUAAUGGAGUUUUAGUAAAUACGUGCCCAUGCCUCCAUUUGCAGACACAAUGUGCAAAUGCUGUUCCUUCAGAUGUGCCUUCAAAUACCGCGGUUAUUUUGCUAGAAUUCAGAAAAAAUUGUGGGUCCUCUGGUUUCUUGGCAAUAUGAAAAAAAGCACCUUAUCAGCAGACUGAAACGUAUUGGGCUGUCUGAAACAAAGCAGCUCAUGGAUGAUUUGGCAAUGUAAUGCCUUUCAGCCCUUUUUCUUAAAGCUGCUUGUAGGAAAAAUCAGUAUUUGAAAUGUUUUGUUCACAGAUUCAUAAAGCUAAAUGUUUUUCUUUUUAUUUAUUAAAAUAAGUCUUUCCUAGCUUGAGCUUUUUGUUUAAUUCACAGUUAUCUUUGACCCUCCAAAAAAACCACUUUCCUUCAAACUCCUGCAGAAUUAUCAUUUUACUUUCUUCAAUGUUGUUACAUUUUUCUACUGAAAUAGCCAGCUCCAAAAAAAGACAUACAGUCUCUUUUGUCCCUAGUCCUUGACUUCAGAAGUAGUAGCAUCUUCCACAGAGCUUCUGUGAAUCUAUGAGCCCGUUCUUUCCACUCCUUUUGAGGACUCCACAUCACCACAUUUAUCUGUGCUGCAUAGCAAUUAUACUGAUUUAGGCUGUGUGAUUUUACAUUUCAGGUUUUCUGCCCCAAGGGUAUCUUUGAAGCAGAUCUGUCUUUCCAGGAGACAUCAGUCUGCCUUUUGUUACUGUUCCUCUUCCUUUAGGUCUCUCUGCUCUCCUCCUUUUGAGUAACUCACUGGACCAGCUCAAACCUUUUCCUGACACCGCUGGCCUUAGGUUACCUGCAUUCUCCCCACACUUUCUUGACACCCUUUGGAACAAAAAGCCCUGCAACACCUUAGUGAAGAAUUGGAGCUGCUGCCUCCCUCUCUCCCACUUCCCUCCACGCCCUUAUUAUUUUUCCUAAAGGAAGUUUUUCAUGAUCU